UCAUAGCCCGUCCAUAUCAGCCUUAAAACCCACUCAGCUGGCAUGUGAAGGUCAGUUACACCCACUCUGGGUGCAUGUGACCUGUGCUGGUGGACAUCAGCGACUUCCCCCGGGAUCGUUAGCCGUGUCUUCUGACGGCGUUCAACAUGGCGAAGGUGGCUCCCCUGUGGGCUCUGUUCGUCUUCAUCACGCAGGCCGGAUCUGCUCGCAGUGACACCGUGUUCCUGCAGAGGAACGAGGGCGACUCCGUGGUCCUCCCCUGCGCCGUGGAGCCCAGGGACAGCAGCAAGCCCGUCCCUUACGGGGUCUACCUGAAGCGCCGCUGGCUGCAUCCCCGCGAGGUCCUGUUCAAGUACACCCAGGAAGAGCGCACCGUGGGCAGCGGCGAGGACGAGAACCGCAUCAAAGUCAGCGGAGACGCCGGCCUCCACGCUCUGAAUGUGACCAUCUCGCAGCUGAGGGCGGCGGACACGGACCGCUACGUCUGUGAGUUCAUGGUGGCCAGCAACAGCGCCAAGGACGAGGCGAGGCCCGGGAGCAGCGAGUUCCUCCUCCUCGUCAAGGCCGAUGCCCCCGCGAUGGCGGACGUAGGGCUGGUUGAGGCGUGCUCGGGGGGCUCGGCCGCGCUCCCCUGCCUCCCCCCGCGCGGCGAGGAGGCCCUGCCCGUGGAGGGCGUGAGUUUGACGCGGCAGAGGGGCCAGGCGCCCGCCGAGGUGCUGUACCACUCAAAGGGCCACGGCGGCGGCGGCGGCCCCCCUCCCGCCUCCGCCCCCCCCUCCGGGUUCCCCGCCGAGAGGGUGCAGCUGUCCUCGGCCCCCGGCCCCGGGGGCAUCGCCUACAAGCUGACCCUGCUGCAGCUGCAGCCGGCCGACAGCGCCCUGUACAGCUGCCAGCUGCUGCUGCGCGGCGAGCCCGACACCGGCACCAGGCUGGGGACACGGGCCGUCUUUGUGUCCGUGCAAGGAGGUCAGUGCGGCUGCUCCAACUACUCCACCCUGCUGUACGCCCUGUCCUCCGCUGUGGUCCUCCUCCUCCUGCUCCUCGCCCUCCUGUUUGUGCUGUUCUGCAAAGGCAAAGCCCGCCGCAGUGACAAGUCCCACCCUCAGCCCCCCAUCUACGAGGAGAUGACCGGGUUGCAGGCUUGCGGUCGAAAACCGCACCCCCGGCACCUGGAGGAACCGUCCGAGUACACAAACUGCCAGGUGAAGAAAUCCUGUCCCGAAAACCAUUACGAAAGCCCCAGCGGGGCCCUGGCCCCCCCGAGAGAUGAUCAGAAAUGAAAUGUCAGACAUUGAGCCCAUCUUCGCUAACUGGACCUCUGCAGCAUCUCCUGCAGGUUGUAAGCUUCUGCCUGCUCGUCUUCAGGUCAUCAGAGAGCACUGAAAUCUGUCAAAAAGUCCCCAGUUUAGGAUUAAAUACCUGAUUACAUUAAUCCAAAAUACCUCAAAAAGAAUAAAUCUAAAUAUUCCAUACAUAUCCUGCUUGUUGGUUUUUUUUUAUCGGUUUUCCCUCAUUUCUUAUAUACAUAUACACACAUUGAUCCGGGCACUUGUCCAUCCCUUGACCUUCAGUACACUCUACUAAUGUGACGGUGUGUUCACAUGUCUCUGUAAAAAAGCCUGCUGGCCUCCUGUGGAAGAAUUUACUUUAAACCCUGCUGGUGAGAGGUUCAGGGCCAAAGAACAGUUCUGAUCUGCUGAAGGUCAUCUGGGUCGGGUCUACUUUCUGUUCCCAGAGUCAACGCUGCUUCAGUUCUUCUGCUGAGUCGGCUCCUUUAAAUCCACAUUGAUGUUCCUGUUUUUAAAAAUCCUUGCUUUAUGUCUGGAGGUUUGUAACAGUUUUAUGUUGCCUUGUUGAAAUGUGCUAUACAAAUACCAAACUAGGACCUUUAUUAAUGCCAAUUCCUUGUAUUAAUUGUAUCUCCCACCACAAAUAAAUUGUUAAACCAUU